AUGUCCGAUCCGGAGCUUUCGGUGGCGGUGGCCUCGUCCUCGCCUUCACUACCAGCUGUCGACUCCCAUGGAUUGACCUACGCCUUCUUGGUGCACUCCCAGAAAACCCUUACUCAGAACCUGCCACCGCGAGUCGACAACAAACUUCUCGCUCGCCAAAAGCGUCGUCGGACGAGUCCGGAGGACCAUGCUAUCUUAGAGGCCGAGUAUCAGAUCAAUCCGAAGCCAGACAAGCUUGCCCGCACCCACAUUGUGAAUCGCGUCUCGCUCGGCGAGAAAGAGGUGCAGAUUUGGUUCCAAAAUCGCCGCCAGAACGACCGGAGGAAAUCGAAACCUCUUCAUCCACACGAGCUGCUUGCACCGCGCUCAAAUAUGUCCGACUCGUCGGGUCAUCCAGCGAGUGAUGAUAACGCGUCCGCGGAACCGGGGUCGUCGAGUGGGGCGGAGCAGGUCGAGGGCCAGGACCGAUCGGAGGAGUCUCGACCAAAGUCCUGGGGCGGGGAGCUAUUGCAGUUGUCUGAUGAUUCCGAUCCGAUAAUGGGCGAGAAGGAUGAGUUGGAGCCGCCAUUGCAGAGCACGCAGACAAGUGUGGCGACGGAGGCUAUUGGAGAGACCCCGCCAACCACGCAGGAAGAGUUCUACGAGGCGGAGUCACAACAGAACCUGAACGAGCCAUCAGUGGAGGAGUCAUCGCUGCAACUACCCAAGCGGAAACGGUCCGUCUCGGAUAUUCGGGGAGAGGUAGCGAGUGAGCAGCCCGUGUUGCAUCAACACACCACACCCGUAAAGUCACCACCUUCGCUGCGUCUGUCACUAUCCUUUGACGGCGAGGCCAUGGUGCGGAAGGAGGAUGAGAUGACACCGUCGCCGCCCAAGGGUCGAAACUCGUUACGCAUCGCCAUGUCCUCGGACGGCAAGGCUGUGAUCCGCGGCGAGAAUGAACCGUCCCCAUCCAAGAACCGCGUGGCCAUGUUCUCGGUCCGCAGGCCCAAGAUCUCGGGCCUGCGUCGCAGUAGCAGUGCCAUCUUCCCAGCCACGCCGGGGGCCGGCAUAACCGAGAACGAUCGGGUGUUCGGUCGCUCUCGCGACCCUAGAAUCUGGGAGUCUGCCUUUGACACGGAUGCACGAAGUGCCUUGUCCACCCCUAUGUCCUCCCAACAGGCCCCCACAUCUUCCCCAGGCCUCUUCCAAUCCCGCAGCCAGCGCUCUCUGACGCGUAGUGCAUCGCAACGGCACAGCCUGGUUUCACUGCAUGCCGACUCAGCUCGCACACCGAUCUCCCAAUCAAUGGGAGAAAAGCGGCGAAAGCUUUCUCGAACCGUUUCAUCUCUGGGCAGGUUAGAGACGGAACGGAAUCGGGGAUCCCUCUAUCAAGUAUCCAAACUGUCCAAGAACAUCACAUCCAAGUCCGGCAAGCCAGACUUCGAGCUUGACCCUGGUGACUCUGACAAGGAGAACUGGAUCCCAGGCACUCGAUCCACACAUAUCCGCCGGCGGGCAACAUCGCAUGCCCCGAGGCCUGUUCUGCGCGAUGCCAACCGGAAAACCGGCCUCGGCAUUGUGUCCGCGAGUAAACGCAACCGGCAAUAUCCAUCCGGAGUUCAGGGCAAAGCAGGGCCCGAUCUGAGCGCCGAAGUAUCUGCAUUCAUGGCCGGCGGUGCCGGCGGCAGUCAAGAAGAUGAUUUGGACUGUGUCCAGGGUCUUCUAUCCCUUAGUCAAGGGGCAUGGCGAUAA